UUGAAUCUAGUUUUUAGUACUCUAGCAGCUCCGUUGACGGCAUUACACAUCUGGAGCUAUAUAUUUCCGUUCACUAACUGGCAAGGUGCUACCAGCGGUCUACUUACCGGAUUUGCAACUGCUGCUUUCCUAUUUUAUCUAUAUGUGCCGACUCAGGAGUUCUCACAGCUGUGCCUGAAUACCACCACCAUCAUUAGCUCGCCGAUCUUGCCACCAGUUUGGCCACAUUUCAAGAUCGAAAAUCCGGAAUUUAAUUUCGCACCAGCUGUCUUACAAACAGCGCUUGAUGAAACGCAGAAAUGGCUCCCGAUUUUAGGUGAAAUUCCAGUCAUGUGGCAUCCACUGGCUGCAUUCUCGAAGCCGAAACAUGAGCUUUCAAUACACAUGCGCUUCAAGCUUUCAGUUCACAAGAAAGAUUCGGGAGGACUACUGCGCUGUUUCAUGAAAGUAACUCGCCAGAAUAUCUUAGGGCCGGGAUUUACAGCAAUGCGAAAUAAGAAUAUUGUAUUUCCUCAUUAUGUUUCAUCGGAAUAACU